AUGAAAACUAUUUCGUUCAGCUAUCGUUUAGGUCUUUCUACUGUAUACCAAAUCAUCAUAGAAGUAUGUUAUGCAAUUAUUGAAAUUGUUAUACUAGAAGUUAUGCCUGUUCCAACGGAACAAAAGUGGAAAGAAAUCGCAUCAGAGUUUUGGACUUGCUGGAACUUCCCCAAUUGUUUAGGUGCUAUCGAUGGCAAACAUGUUACAAUCCAAGCUCCUCCUAAUAGUGGAUCACAAUAUUUUUGUUAUAAAAAAACAUUUUCUAUAGUCUUAUUAGCAUUAGUUGAUGCUCAUUAUAAUUUUAUAGCUGUAGAUGUGGGAAGUUUUGGUAAAAAUAGUGAUGGAGGCAUCAUGGCUCAUUCAAAAUUAGGGAAAGCUCUUGAUCAAAAUAAACUGAAUGUACCACCAAAAGAAGCGUUGCCAGGAACUGCAAAUGAUGUACCAUACGUUAUUGUAGGCGAUGAAGCCUUCCCAUUAAAAACGUAUUUACUGAGACUAUAUCCCGCAAAACAGCUAGAUUGUAAUGAAAAAAGAGUAUACAACUAUCGUCUAUGCCGGGCAAGACGAGUUGUGGAAAAUGCAUUUGGUCUAUUAUCACAAAAGUUUAGAAUAUAUAAUAGACGAAUGCAAGCUAAACCAGAAAAUGCUGAUGUAAUUAUAUUAACAACAUGUGUACUUCACAAUUUUAUAAAAAAAUAUGACGGGAAGUUAACUUAUGUACGUGACAAUAAACAAACGAGUGAGGACCAUUCAACUCCUAUAAAUUUGACGAACAUUUCAGUACAAGGUGGAAAUGCAACACGAGAAGCUUUUGGUAUCAGAGAAACAUACAAGCAUUUUUUUAAUUCCCCAUGUGGUUCUAUUCCAUGGCAAAAUAAUGUUUAA